UUCAACUAAAAAAAGCUCAAUAAAAACGUUACAAUAUUUUAAAACAACUAUUAUUAUUAUAUAAUAUUCAACAAACAAAGAAAAUAAUGGCCGAUCAAAUUACUGAACCCGAAAUCAUUGCCCAUUUGGUACUGGAUCUGAAACCAUGGGACGAAACAACCGAUUUACGAGCCAUGGAGGACAAGCUCAGGCAGAUAUCGAUGGACGGCCUGGUCUGGGGUAAUGCCGAACUCAUACCGAUGCCAUGCGGUUAUAAUAAAUUACAAAUCGUAACGGUUAUCGAGGAUAAUAAGUUGACAGUCGAUGAGCUGACCGAAAAAUUGACGGUCGGUUUGCGUGAUUAUGUCCAAGUGGUUGAUGUCAAAUCGUUUAAUAAGGAUAUUGCAGCAAUGUAAAAUUUUAAAUUUAAAAAUUAUCAUUAUUAUUAAUUUUCAACAAUUACUAUAUUUUA